AUGCCUGCUUUCCUGGAGGAUGUCUUUGCGCCCCCGCUCAUCGGCACAUGGAUCAACUCCAUGGUAUACAUGGUGGAGCUGCUCCUCGCGUACGAGUACUAUACCAACAAACACCUUCGUUCGCCAGGCGCAAAUACCACCUUCGUGCGCUGGAUCGUCGCCUUGCAAUUGCUAAUUGACACCGUGGGGACGAUAGGAGAUUCGGCCUUCGCUUAUCUGAUGCUUGUUACCCACUGGGGUGACAUGGCCUACCUUGCAUACAAUGCGUGGCCUGGGGCUGUCUAUUGCAUAACGUCCGGUAUCAGUGGCUUCAUUGUCCAGCUUUACCUCGUCUGGCGCUACGGUAUACUGUCGAAAAACUACGUCAUCUGCGGCAUACUGGUACUCGGAGCGUUGACCGCCGUCAGCGGGGCCAUUGGGCUCGGAAUAUUAUCGAUGGUACACCGAAGCACCAGCGACAGAAAGAAGAUUGUGCCUAUCUCCAUGGUAUGGCUUAUCGCGUCUGUUGUGACGGACAUUGGCGUCGCAGGCGCGCUGGUCAUCACCCUGCGCGGCUUCAAGAGCAAUUUUAAGAGCACGCGUAGCAUCAUCCACCGACUUAUCGUAGGGGCGAUCCAGACCGGCUCCGCCACCGCCGUCGUCGCCGCUGUGACGCUGAUAACAUUCGCGCUGUGGCCGAACACAGCCCUCUCCCUCGCGCCAGGCUUCUUUCUCGGCCGGCUCUACGGCUGCACGCUCCUGUUCAACCUCACCACGCGCCGGAUGGGCGGCGCGGGCGACCCGAGCGACGCGUCUGACGAGCACUUCUCAGGCUCACGCGGCGCCUCGGGGACCGCUCGAGAUCGUGAUCGCGCGACGCGGCUGGAUACGUUUGGCGGUAUCCAUGUCCACCAGAUCGUGCAGGUUAACAAUGACGACGAUAUUCGUGGCCUUGACUCGAAGCUGGCGCGCAGCGCGGUGGACGACACGGGCGACGAGGCCAGCGUGGGCGAGAGCAAGGCCCAUAUAGCGGGAGUUAUUUAG